AUGAUGUCUGGGUCAAAUCCUUUCCGCCGUGACAAUAGACCUACGGUGAGAGAGACAGCAAAUCCUAGUCUUCUUGAUGAUCGAACAAACGCGAGCAAUGGCCAACCCUUGUUGAAGGUAGAAGUACCUGCAUUGCACCGUGUCACUCCUACAACAAAGCGUGUACGCAUUGCUUCACCGCCAGUGCCCAUAUCGCCUGAGACCCCGGCUUCUUAUGCUUCUUCGCCUGAAGAGAUACGACAUAGUGGUUUACCGGGAUCAGCAUCGUUGACAAUACCAGGAAGCGUCCCAUAUGCACAAGCGCUGGCCUCGAACCCAUUUCAGUCUUCCUUAUCGGAUGGCGAGCCAGAGGAUGUGGACAUAGAAGUGCUCGAAAACACGCGGAAGAACUCAGCACUUGGGUCGAAGUCCGACCAGGGUAGUGGAGAGGAAACGUCAGAUAGAGUCAAGGCAACUUUGGCAAAAUUUGCCAGCUUGCCUCAUAAGUCGGCUGCGUUACCAGACUCCAGACAUGGUGAACAAAAUGAGCUCAGCAGCAACACGUCUCGACCGGCUAUGGAUGUUGACGCCUUCAAGAGACUUUUACUGACUGGGGUAUCUGAGCCACCUACUCCUCGAGCAAUACCAGCGUUGACCCAAGCGCCGUCGCAGCUGGUCUUGACGAGUGAUAGUAGUAGCAGCAACACGGACACAGCUUCUAUAUCUCAACACUCUAUAUCUGAGCCGAUAGCACCAACAGUUGCAGAUACACCUCGAACAUCGCUAGAGUUACAGAGAAUAGAGAUUUCCGGCGACCGGGGUGCAAUAGUUGUUGAUAGUGCAACGAACAAGAAGCCACCAAUUCCAAAACCACGGCAUGGGAAACCUCUUAACCACAGCGCCACCACUCUCUCAACUUCCACAAUCCGGCAAGCUACAGCAACUGCUGAUGUUCCCGAGAAGCCUCCUAUCUCUUCACCCUCGGACCUGAAUAAGCCUCUUCCUCUACCCCCAAGAGACAGCUCAUUUCCUUUAGUAGCCGAUGCUAGCCUGUCAGACGACUCACAGGCUCGUCUUUUGCUACGAAGGCCUCCUACACCACCAUUGACCCGUCGACAGAGUCAACGGAGCAGUCAGCCCGUACCAAUAUCCUUCAGUGAACCCCAAACUCCUCCUCUUAUCGAGCAGAUGGGCUCUGCCUCUCCCAUUGGCCAGAACUCGAGGGCGGCGGACUCAAAGGCUCCUCCACCACCCCCAACAAGACGGCAAAAGCGCGCUAGCGCCACUCAGUCUCAAGCAUCGGAAGCAAUUGUACAAGAAGGAAUUGAUUCUUACAUAACCUCUACACAACCUCAGUUAUCUCCAGCAUCAUCCGUCAACAGCCUUUUGCAACCUAAACUUCAACCACCACCCUCUAGAAAUCCUUCGGCUGCGAAGCGGCUGUCACGCGUUUCCACGGCUUCACCAACCAUGGCUCCUCCCCUUCCGCCCCCGCGCAGAGUGCGAGGAUCAAGUCGUGGCAGUCUUGAAGGUCCAACCGCGAUCUCGAGCUCCGACUUGGAUAACGGCAAUAAUGUUAGGCGACCGAGCACAGACAGCUACCGGAGUGUGUCCGGUCAAUCUGCCUCUAAGGAUAUUCUUGCAGAUCUGGCUGCCUUGCAGAAGGAGGUUGAUACGCUGAGAACUAAACAGAAAUACAGAACAGACAGUACGGAAUAA